CCGUCCCCAUGUUAAACAUUAAGAAUUCAGGAAAAAUAGCAGAAAACGGAUGACAGUGCAGACCAAGGCAUAAGCAUUUGAGUUAGAACUUCCACCCCCCCCAAAAAAAAAAAAUAUUGAUAGAGGAAGGGAGAUGCAAGAGGGAAAAAACUCAAUUAAAAAUUCUAAUAAAAAUUCACGUUUAUCUAUGCGUCUACGAAAAAAAAAAAAACAAGAAUGUUUGUAGACCAACAUAAAAUGAGCCAAAAAUAGAUCAUUUGAAAAAUGAGUGUGGAGUGAAUGGGCGGAGCCUGUGACGAGUCUUUUAAGGUCCGGUUGGGCCCCAUUGGGCCAACAUCAACUUCCCCUCUGGUGGCCUGCAGUCAUGAACACGCCUCAGUGCUGCCACAGGAAGAGCUUAAAGCCUCAGGUGGAAAGACGUCGACGAGAAAGAAUAAACAGAAGCUUGGAGAACCUCAAAACUCUUUUGCUUGCACCUCAAGGAUCUGGCGGGCGCAGGUUGGAGAAAGCCGAGAUCUUGGAGCGCACAGUCGUCUUCCUGCAGCAACACGCCGACAAUGUCGACGGGAAGCAGGAGCUGCCCUCCUACCAACGUGGCUUCUCCUCGUGCCUGCAGAGAGCUGCCCACUUCCUCCAAACUGAACCCAAGGGCCUCCCUGACUCAUCUGCCUCCUCACCCACCGCUUCGCCUCCUCCAUCUUCUUCAUGGACCCCCGGCUCCAUCCCAGCUCUCCAAAAGAUGCCGAGCACGGCGGGGGUCUUGUGGAGACCCUGGUCCUGAUCUCCAACUUGAGUGGACAAUGUCGCUGCAAUACAUCGGAGGACUCUUGUGCGUUCAUACUGAUGCUGUCAUUUCAUUAAGGACCAAAAUCCACCUGGUUGACGUUUGUACAAAGCAUGUUUGCACCUUAACUCUAUUUAUAUGUUGUGUGUAAAUAAACCAUCCACAUCAGUUGCUGUCAUUUUACUUUUCUUUAAACUUUAAUUAAUUAAAACAAAAGCUGGCAAGUGCCCUUAAAAGGAGCUUCAUGUGCUUUCCUUUUAUCAUACUUGGACUCAUUUACUUUUAAAAGCCAUGAUCGUACACACCAAGCUUUUGUAAUCUAUUAAAAUAAUAAAACUAAAAAUUUCUAUCAUACGACCCACAUGCAGGGGAUGUAUCACAUCGCCUUUUUUUUAAUCAAAACUCAUAAAAUGAUGACCAAAUACUUUUACAAUGUCCUUACGAUUUUAUUUCUGUUUUUUAAAUUAAAUCUGAAUUCUUGACUCAGAAAUAACACACUACACGCCGUAAGUUUUUGCGAUUUCGUAGAACGUUUGAAUAACGAAGUAAAAUAAUAAUUUAAAUAACUAAAUCGAAUUAUUUGAGAAAACAACAAUAUGGCGGCUCCAAAAUGGCGGAAGCAGCAGUCACAAAUAAUCGUAAACUCGCCUCGUUCUCUUCAGUCGUCCUCGUUUGCAUUUCAAAGCGGGGAUGGAAGCGUGUGGGCGUGUGACCGUGGGGGAUGGACUUACUAGUUACUCCUGUAACCUUGGGAAGACUUCAAAACAGCUCGUAAAACUGUAAAAUAAAUAAAUACAAUAAAAACAAGGCUCCCACGAGCUACUAAAGUCUUUUUGGAGGCGGGCUGAGGAGUGGAAACAAAAAGUUAACACAACGGAGUCACAUAAAACACACAGAGGAUUUUACAAUGUCCGACUUUAACUUAAUUUUAAAAAGAUCGUGCAUUCGCCCCAUUUGUUAAUACAUUAAAUUUGUUAAUACAUUAAAUGGUUACAAAAAUACUUCCCGGCCACCGUAACCAUAUAUGCGUCAUCUAAUUUGUAACUCCCUCUUUCGUCUGUCAAUAACUUUAAUCGCAAUUAUGAUUUAAUUUCUUCACUUAUUACCCUUUCAUACAUAUUUUGGUUUAUCACUUUAACAUUAUGCACGUUUUAAACGUUAAGACUGUGCUUAAGGGGGGGGCUUCUAAAAAUGAAAAAUGUAUUGCACAUAGAAGUAGAAACUAUAUCGAAAUGAAUGUUUGAAAGCAAACAUUUUGAACUGAUUUAUUUUUUCUACCUGCACGUUUAAUACAAUUCAACUGUAUUUAAGAAAUGUAAAUCACUGGAUUACAAAAACAAAAGAUGCUGAAGCUACUGUACGUAACAUUAUGCCAUAUAAUAAAUUAACUCUUUAAUGUACCAGUAAAGGGAACCCGCCUACCACUAGUGGAGCGCCUUGAUUUGGAAAUAAAAUCACGAAGUUAAAUGAGUGAAUGUGACAUUUAAUUUUCCCUCACAGUAUAUAUAUAUUUUUUUUUUAAAUGAACUUGUCCAUCUACUUCCUGGUUUGGAAAGGAUUUAGCCACACUUCAAACUUUGUUCCGGCGAUUAAUAGUGACAGGAAGAGCAAUUCUAUAUCCUUCCGCUAGAUGGCAGAAGGUACAUAAUUUAUUGACCUGUGUCAAUUACUUUUUGACUACGUAAAGGUUGGGAAUCACUACCUUGAGGCGACGGGAAUACUGUAGUCACCAUAUUCCUAUUACUAUUAGUGCAACAUAAUACGCUUUUACAUUUCACCAAGUAACUCUAUGCAAUAUUAUGGUAAUAUUUAAACAUGUUAUGGAGAACAUCUAGUAUUUACACAUGACAGUCACAUGGCAUUAACAUGAAUCGAAUUUUUAUUUCAGGCAGAAUUUUUUUUCUUCUACUUUAUCUGCUGUGGUUGCAGAGAUGACACUAUGAAAUAUGUAUUCAUUUGCAAUACACUGUAAACAACUGACCAAUAUGCACUUAAAAGUAAUCACGUAAUUAUGGAAACCAAAGUAACAGGAGAUGGUAACGAGUCACAUGAUGUUGCCAUGAGAUGCUGCUUUUCCAGUCUGAUGGGAUGCAUAAAGACGUAUAAAAAUUAAGUACCCAUUCAUCCAUUUUUAAUUUUCACUCCAUUUAAAAAUAAUAAUAAUCCUGUAAUACUGGUGUUGUUAAGGAAUAUACAUUUAGGGACAGUACUCUGCAUCAAAUAGCAAAAAUCUGCCACCCCCCCUUAAACAUAUUGCUAAAUGCCUACAUGCGGCAAUGCACUAGUUUUGCAGUUUGACAGCUUUGGCCUGACUAGUAUGUAAUUUUAUUCUUGUUAACACCAAUUUAGAGUAGAACCCCAAUAUUGUAUAAUCUGUAGUAUUUCAAUGAUAAAUUCGAUGACAAGUGAUGGUGGAAGGAUAUUUUGACUAGCUCGCUGUCGCCAUCUAGGGGCAAAGUGACUGAACUUCACUUAUCUAAUUUUGGCACACAA